CAUAACCUAAGACCUUAAAUUAAAAUUUAAUCAUGAUAGAAGUUCUUUCAUCAAAUGUACCAGUUAGUAGUAGCAAAUUAGACAGCAAACAUGUUGAAAUCCACGACAAAAAGUCUCACAGAAGGAAGAAUUAUUCUAGCCAGCAGUUCGCCCAGGAGACGAGAAAUAUUGCAAAAUUUGGGAAUCAAAGUCGAAAUUAUUCCGUCAACUUUUGAUGAAAACUUGAAUAGGAGUAAUUAUAAGUGUCAUGGGGAUUACGUUGUUGAUCUGGCAACACACAAAGUCCAAGAAGUGUAUGAUAAAUUGAAAGAAAUCAAUGAUUCUAAGACGACACUGAUUGUUGGAGCUGAUACGAUUGUUACCCAAGGAGAUUUAAUUUAUGGAAAACCUAAAGAUAAAAACGACGCGAUCGAGAUGCUGUCAAGUUUCAAUGGAAAAAAGCUUAUAGUUUUUACUGGUGUCUGUUUGAAAACACCAAAGAAAGAAGUAAAAUUUUGGGAUUCCACGGAAGUUAAAUUUGGAAAUAUAUCUGAAGAUCAAAUUCGAGCUUACGUUGAUACUGAAGAGCCACUGGACAAAGCUGGAGGUUUUGGAGUACAAGGGGUAGGUGGAUGCUUAGUGGAAAAAAUAAAUGGAGACUUUUAUACAGUUGUGGGGUUGCCACUUUAUUCCACAAUAAAACAUUUGAACGAAUUAUUUGCUGAAGCAUGAUACUGUGAAUAAGGAAUAAACGAAAUGUUGGAUAUAAUCCUGCAAGAGUACAAAUAGUCAUUUGUAAAUAUUACAUGGUUAAUAAUGUGUUACAUAAAACAUACACAGACUACAUAAUAUUGUUAUUUACGUCUAUUGAAAUUAGUCACGCAAUAAGCAUUUAAGUAAAUUACGUUUUUUGUUCUAGAAGUAAAAUUAAAAGCUUUGGUAAAACAAUACUUGAUAUUUUUAUUUAAAAAAAAAAAAUCCGACCUAAAAGUAUAUAAAUAUAUAUCUUCCAACUGAUUAUUCAAAAAUAAAUAUAUAUAAUUUUAUGUAUAUGAAAAUACUGUUAGAAGUUGAU